UCUCUUUCUCUCUCGCUCUCUGUUCUUCCUGCGUCCGUCAGGCCAUACCAGCCUCUCUCUUCUCGUAUACCACUAAUCUCGCCCACACUACCCUUCGUAAUGUCUGACGCCGCCGCUCCCGCCCCCGUCGAGGACGUGAAGCCUACUGAGGCCCCCGCCGCUGAGGUUGCCCCCGCUGUCGAGGCUACACCCGAGGUUGCCCCCGCUGCGACUGAGGCUGCUACGGAGGAGGCCAAGGCUGAGGAGGCCGCGCCCACUGAGGCCCCUGCUGCUGACGCGCCCGCUGCUGAGCCCGCUGCGGAGGCUUCUGCUACUGAGGAAGCUAAGCCCGCUGAGGCUGCGAAGGAGGAGAAGAAGGAGGACCGCCCCAAGAGCCCCAGCUUGCUGGCUAAGCUCCUCGCUCCUUUCAAGGGUCACGAGAAGAAGGAGAAGACUGAGAAGAAGCCUAAGGAGAAGACCAAGAAGGCUGAGAAGAAAGAGGAGGCGCCCGCCACUGAGGCGCCCAAGGAGGACACGCCCGCUGAGGCUGCCGCCGAGGCCCCCAAGGAUGAGGAGACUCCGGCUGAGCCCGCCGCCGAGCCCGUGAAGGAGACUGAGACUGCGCCUGCUGCUGAGGCCCCUGCUGCCGAGGCUGCUCCUGCGGAGGGUCCUGCCGAGACUCCUGCCGAGGCAUCCAAGGAGGAAAAGAAGGAGGAGAAGCCGAAAUCGCCUAAGGUCACCCGCCGGUUGUCGGCUCGCGUCGGCGACUUCUUCAAGCCGAAGGCCAAGGCAGAGCCCACCACUCCCAAGGUUGAGGAGGACCCCCCGAAGCUCGCUGAGUCGGAGCCCAUUGCUCCCCUCGAGAACCCUGCUGAGGAGGAGUCGGCGCCGGCACCCGCGGCGACAGAAGAGCCCAAGACGGAGGCACCUCCUGCGGCUCCCGUUGUCGCUGCUGCUGCAUAAGGCAGGAUCGUCUCAUGUCGUGCUUAACGUUAUGACCUGUCACGAUGCCCUCCGUCCUUAAUGUCUCCUGCAUUGACGUCUCAUCCUCACUCUCCUGGUCCACCGCUCAUCCUGGAUUGGCUUUCUUCUUCUGUCGGUUUAUCGUACGACGCGGAUCUAGUCAUCAUUUGCUUACCUGUUUACGACCAUCUGUUCGUUCAUACCUGUGCAGCUAGGCCGCUGUCACUCCACUAAUCACGAUCCCGGAUAGCGUGUUAUCCUCAUACCCACUUUCUUUCUCUCGGUGGCGUGCUCCUGUGGCUGGUCUCUAUGUCGUUCUUUGCAUGGGGUAGUCAUAGGAAUAUACAGUGCGCAUUUUGCCAUGUAACUGUGUUGAUACAAGUGUGCUUGUGCGUUGUCAUCA